AAAUGGCCGCGUUCAGCACAACUCAGCGAUUAUUGCUUGUCAGCAUAUACUUUUAUAUUUCCAGUGGAUUUACAAGAAGAGACCAAUCAUAAACAAUAAGCGUAAAGCGCUUAGUUCGUAAGCGCUGAGUUCUGCUGAACGCAUAUAUCAUUCACGCACAGUGCAGAACACAAUAUACGUAAACUGGGCGAAUAUGACGACGCAAAGCAGUUCACUUAUCUUGAGUACAGUCAAAAAUGGAAUUCUAAAAGUAGUGCUCAAUAAACCCGCCAAGAAAAAUGCACUUUCUUCACCGAUGUACAAGGAAUUGACAACACUUUUAAAUGAAUCUGCCAAAAAUCCGAAAGUUUUAAUAUUUGCAUUGACAGGAAAUGGAGAUUUCUUCAGCAGUGGCAAUGACUUGACUGAUGGGUUUACACAAGAAUCUUCUACUAACACAAAUUUGGAAGUCAUAAAAAACUUUAUUGAUGCAUUAAUACUGUAUCCAAAGCUUUUAACAGCUGUUGUAAAUGGACCAGCAAUAGGAAUAGGAUCUACAAUUUUAGGAAUCUUUGACUUGGUCUAUGCUUCAGACAAGGCAUAUUUCCAAUUACCAUUCAGUUCUCUAGGUCUUGUUGCUGAAGCGUGCUCUUCAUAUAUUUACCCUAGAUUAUUAGGACAUUCUAAGGCUGGAGAUAUGUUAUACUUGGGCUAUAAAAUGAGUGCUCAUGAAGCUAAGCAAUACGGUUUAGUUAGUGAGGUGUACAAUCACGAUUCUCUUGAAGAAGUAUGGAAAUAUUUAAACAAAGUAUCUAAACUUUCUUCAGAGUCGAUAUUAGCAACUAAACGAUUGGUAAGCAAGUGGAAUAGAAAAAUUUUGUUAGAAGUCAAUGCAGAAGAAAUGGGAGAAGUGAAAAGACGAUGCGAGUCUCCUGAUAUGUUGGAAAAGUUGCUUGCAUUUUUAUCACGAAAAAAUAAGCUUUAAAAUAUUUACAAUAAUAAACAAAAACAAAAAAAUUAUUUUGUAUCUUUUUAUUAAUACAUAAA